AGCAACGUAAUCAUUCGUUCUGGGACGCGUCUGUCACGAUGGAGUCAUCGUGGUCGCCGUUGUUCUCGUCAACGUUUGGACUCGUAUUGGCUACCUUACUAACUAUCGGCGCGUUGAAAGUUAUAGCUCUUGUGCACCAUCAGUACACUUACUGGAGUAAAAGGGGCAUACCUAACGUACGAACAAUUCCGUUUUUGGGAACGUCUUGGAAGGUGUUGCUUCGACGCAUUAGUUUCAUCGACUACAGUAAAUUCACCUACAAUUAUGAUCCAGACGCAAAGUACAUCGGACUGAUGGACAUGGCCACUCCUCUCAUUCUUCUGCGUGACCCCGAGCUGAUCAGGGAUAUUAUGGUGAAAGAUUUUGAAAAUUUUCCGGACCACCGUACCUUUGUGAGUGAAGAGUUAGACCCUUUGUUCGGUAAGAACGUUUUUUCCUUACGCGGAAGUCGCUGGAAAGAAAUGAGGAAUACGUUGAGCCCGUCUUUUACUGCCAGUAAGAUGAAAGCUAUGUUUGAGCUAGUGUCAAAGUGUUCCCGCGAAUUCGCUGAAUAUCUAGUCGAUCAUCCGGAGUUCUGCUCUUCCAUCGAUACGAAGGAGGCCUUCAGACGGUACACCACCGACGUAAUUGCCACGUCGGCUUUCGGCAUAAGUGUGAAUUCCAUGAAGGAUCGGGACAACGAAUUUUUCACGAAAGGAGUGGAGUCUACCAGAUUCGGCAGCUUUACAUCCUUAUUGAAGAUGAUAUUAUUGCGCGCGGUACCGCGUAUAAUGAAGGCGCUAAAAGUGAAUUUCUUCCCGGCAGCUACGUCCCAAUUUUUCAAGAGAAUUGUGGCGGAGACCAUUAAAGUCCGUGAAGAGCAAGGUAUUGUCCGGCCGGACAUGAUCCACUUAUUAAUGCAAGCUCGAAACAGGGAGGGUCCCAGUGUACAUGAAAUGACUCUGGAUGACAUCGUAUCGCAGGCCUUCAUCUUUUUCUUGGCCGGCUUCGACACUUCUGCGACGUUGAUGUGCUUCGUCGCUCAUGAGCUCGCGGUUCAUCGAGACAUUCAGGAUCGUCUGUUUGAAGAGGUGGAGCAGCAUUUCGCCGAGGGAAACGGUGAGAUCUCUUAUGAGUCAGUGUCGAAAAUGGUUUACAUGGAUAUGGUGGUGUCCGAGGCUCUUCGGAAGUAUCCGCCGGUGAUCUUUAUCGACAGACUUUGUGUGAAGAGCUACGAACUACCUCCAACGAAACCAGGUUAUAAGAGCGUGAUUGUCGAGCCCGACUGUAUGACGUGGGCGCCUGUUUACGCGUUGCAUCAUGAUCCUAAGUAUUUUCCGAACCCGUCCAAGUUUGAUCCCGAGAGGUUCAGCGACGUGAACAAGGUCAACAUCGUGCCGUACACUUAUAUGCCCUUCGGCCACGGGCCCAGGAAGUGCAUCGGCAAUCGUUUCGCCCUUAUGGAGACGAAACUUUUGGUGGCUUACCUUCUACACAAUUUCGUCUUCAAGACCACCGAAAAAACCGUCGAGCCCAUUGUGUUUGAUAAAAAGCAGUUCACUUUGCAACCCGAUGGUGGAUUCUGGAUUACAUUGGAGAUGAGGAAAAAGUGACAGUAGACGUAACGCGCGGAACUUACAUAACUCGUGGUUAUCGAUAGAUGGAAUAUUAUGAAUUUAUUAAAGUAGACGCUUAUUGCUGUUAACGGUUUAGCUCCGUAUAAAAGGGAAUAUUGCUACUAUUACAUUCGGACUGUAUUUCGUUUUAUCGUAGAAAAUCAAAACUUUUUUUCUUUAAUAUUAUAAUUAAAUUACUUUAUAUUACAAUAAAAAUCUCUAAUAUUACAAUUUAAUAUUACAAUUAUAAUCUCUAAUAUUACAAUUAUAAUUAUUAGAUUAUUAGGCAUAUAAAGAUAACUUUUUGCACGGGAAAUUUCUAAAGUAUAAUAUUAACACAGUCGCGUAUCUCGCGUAACCGGAAUCUCGCAUAAUCUUACACAGACGUAGACCAAGGACAAAUUUCAGAAUUGAAUAUAUAACAUCGAUUAAAUCAGUUAUUAAAUGUUUGACCUUGCCACGCGCCGCUUACGAUGAGGAUAUUUUGCAUAAGUGAUCGUUGUUCGUUAGACAUGUCUUAUUGUCGGCAAUUUGGUAACAGCUUAUAAUCACGGGAAAAAGAAAAAAUAGAGUAAUUUAGAAAUAUCUAUGUUACUGUAAAGACUAUGUUACUUUAAAGAUAUUAAUUUUAAGUUAAGUGGAUAGAACUUUUAUGUUUUAUUAAUUAAAAUUAGUAGUUUUAUCUUCCCU